UCAACUUCCCAUCGCCUCACGGGAUCUCUAAGAGCGCUGCCUACAGUACGUGCGGAAAGUGUAGCCCGAGUCAAUCCAACUAUAUAAGACUCUUCAGCUACCAUCAUCCACAACAGUAUUCAUUUCACACUCACCUUCCACCCUUCUUCCCCACACAGAACUACACUCAGCAAAUUCAGCACACAAUGUCCGAACAAGCCUCCCCCUCCCAAACCCAAGGCCCCCAAAACUCCUCAGCCCCCCACGACUCCGACUCCGAUCCCAUGGUCUACAUCACACCCCGGGACUACGCAAGCUCAGCGCGCCAGUCGCGCUCCCAACACAUCGCUGAGGGCGCCGACCCCGCUUCCAUCAUCCUCCAAAGCGAACUUUCCACGCGCAUCCCCCGGCACGAAAAUGAGUCCCCCGCAGACUAUGUAAAGCGCUACUCCGAGACCAUGAACGCCAUGAUACGCUCUGGUGUCAAAAUUCUAAACGACGAGUGCAUUGCAGACCAGGUGCCAGAUACGUUUUCCGCGGGAGGGAAGGUUUUCGAUCUGGGGCCGGGGAGCGGCGCAACGAAGGGGGAGUAUCGGGAGUUUGGGGAGUGGUUUGAGGAGGCUUGUGGGCGUGGGGGGGAGCUGGGUGAGGUGCCGGCGAGGUGGAGGAGGUUUGAGAAGCCGGCAGGGACGCAGGCGUGAUUGGGGUAGUGCUGGAUCAUGGUUGGGACUGUAUACCUUGCGCGCGAUGUACUACGUUUUCAGACAGCCGUUCUAGUGUCUAAGAGAGUUGGCUCCGUGAGCCCUGCACAUGUAGACCUG